UAUGGCCGAUAGCGCUUGGUCUGCAUGUGUGGCGGUUACUGCUCUUGCUGGCUCCUUAUGCUUAGCGGUCAUAUGGCGCAGUUCUGCCAGCGGAUUAGGCCAUUCGUGCUCGUCCUUGUUGGUUGCGUCGAAGUCGUUCCUGGCCACAUGGUUUCUCAGCCUCGUACGAGUCGCCGCCGAAACGGGAGAUAGGUGAUCCGCCCGAUGAUCAUCGGCAAUGCGCGACGUUGCCGAUGGAAAGAAAGCGUGCUGCUAUAGAUUUGGAAACGAAGUGCUUUCGUCGCGAAUGUGCUUGUAUCGGAUAGCGACGGCGGCAGUGACAGCGAUGACGCGGUAGGGCAGGCUGCCUCAACGUUGUCCUCGGAGGAGGCCCUGCGGAUGAUUCAGUCCGCUCGAGGCUUCGUUUUCGCGAAGGACCUUCCGCUGCACUACGUGGAGCACCUGAAUGCCUUGGAGAAGGAUGUCGGCAAACGUCACGUAAAGCAAGCAAAGCUGAUGGACGUGGGGUUUUCUCGUGCGAUGCCAGUGAGAAAUCCGUGGCGAGGAUCGGGGAGUUCUACCUCACCAACAACUACCGAGCAUGACAAGUCGCAGCAGAGAUGCCGUCUCCGAUGUGACUUCUGUGACUAUGAAACUGGAGAACUGUUAUGUCUGAAAGCACAUGUCAGGCUCCACACAACUGCGGGCCCACUUCUGUGCCACUUGUGCCCUCAGAGUUUCUCGCGACGAGACACACUCAGGAAACACCUACGCAUCCACACAGGCGAGAAACCAUUUCACUGCACUUCAUGCCCUCAGAGCUUCUCGCGAAAAGAAUACCUGAAGGAACACCUACGCGUCCACACAGGCGAGCGGCCAUUUCAAUGCCCUUCAUGCCCUGUGAGAUUCUCACAUAGGUCCACUCUGAAGAAUCACCUACACAUGCACACGGGUGAGAGGCCAUUUCAGUGCAAUUUGUGCCCUCAGAACUUCUUACAAAGGAGUAGCCUGAAUGAUCAUUUGCGCAUUCACUCAGGUGAGCGGCCAUAUCAGUGCUCCUUGUGCUCUCAGACUUUUGUGAUUAGCCGCCACCUGAAGAAGCACUUGCGCACUCACACGGGCAAAUGAUGAUACCACUGCACCAUCUGCUCCAAGUCCUUUGUGUGGGCCAGUCACUUGAGAGAACAUGGAAACACAGAACCACAAUGCCAUGGAGUAGGUCAUCAACCGCAUUUGUGUAAUUCUUCUAAUAAAUGCAGUAGGAAUUGGCAAUGUAUGUAGUA